AUGAAGGAAAUCAAACUCCGUCCCCUGGACGAUCGUGUUGUGAUUGAACCGAUGGAAGCCGAAGAAGUCACCGCCGGAGGCAUCGUCCUUCCCGAUACCGCCCAAGAGAAACCGCAACGCGGCACCAUAGUGUCGGUCGGCCCCGGCAAGUUGCUCGACAGCGGAUCGCGUGGCGAUCUGUCCGUGGCCGUCGGCGACGAAGUCAUCUAUGGCAAGUACAGCGGCAACGACAUCGAAGUGAACGGCAAAGACGUGAAGAUCAUGCGUGAAGGCGACAUUCUGGCCAAAGACCGAGCCCGAGCGAAAAUGCUGCGGGGCGUUGCCAAACUAGCCGAUGCUGUCGCGGUUACGAUGGGGCCCACCGGCCGCAACGUGAUCAUCGACAAGUCCUUCGGCGGACCGAGCGUUACCAAGGACGGUGUGACCGUCAGCAAAGAAGUUGAACUGGACGACCCGUUCGAAAACAUGGGCGCCAAGCUGGUGAACGAAGUCGCUUCGAAGACCUCGGACAUCGCCGGCGACGGAACCACGUCGGCCACCGUGCUGGCCCGCGCCAUCUUGACCGAAGGUACUCGCCAGGUUGCCGCAGGUAGCAACCCCUCGGCCGUGCGUCGUGGCAUCGAGAAGGCCGUUGACGCAGCCGUCGAACACCUGGUCAGCAUGGCCAAGCCCGUGUCGAGCAAGGACGAAGUUGCUCAGAUCGGGGCCAUCAGCGCCAACAACGACAAAGAAAUCGGCAAUCUCCUGGCCGACGCCAUGGAGAAGGUCGGCAAAGACGGCGUUAUCACCGUCGAAGAAGGCAAGACUGCUGAGACUACGCUCGAGUUGGUCGAAGGUAUGCAGUUCGACAAGGGCUUCAUCUCGCCCUACUUCAUCAACGAGCCGACCAGCAUGGAAGCCGUGCUUGAAGACUGCUACGUGCUGCUGCACGAGAAGAAGGUCAGCAACCUCCGCGAGCUGAUCCCGCUGCUCGAGGCCGUGAGCCAAAAGGGCAAGCCGCUGUUGAUCAUUGCCGAAGACGUUGAAGGCGAGGCUCUCACCGCCUUGGUCGUCAAUCGUCUGCGGGGUGUGUUGAACAUCUGUGCGGUGAAGGCCCCCGGAUUCGGCGAUCGCCGCAAAGCGAUGCUCGGCGACCUGGCCGUGCUCACCGGUGGUACGCUCAUCAGCGAAGACCUCGGCAUCAAGCUCGAAAACGUCGGGCUCGAACACCUCGGUCGUGCCAAGCGGAUCACGGUCGACAAGAGCGACACCACCAUCGUGCAAGGUGCCGGCAAGACCGAAGACAUCCAAAAGCGAAUCUCGCAGAUUCGUAACCAGAUCGAGCAGACCGAAAGUGAGUACGAUCGCGAGAAGUUCCAAGAGCGUCUCGCCAAGCUCACCGGUGGUGUGGCCAUCAUUUCCGUGGGUGCCGACACCGAAGCCGACAUGAAGCAGAAGAAGGCCCGCGUCGAAGACGCUCUGCACGCCACGCGUGCGGCGGUCGAAGAAGGCAUUCUGCCCGGCGGUGGUGUGGCUCUCUUGCGAUGCGAAGAAGCGGUGGAAGCCAUUCGCAGCAAGGCCCGCGGCGACGAGAAGAUCGGCGUCGACAUCAUCAAGCACGUGCUGCAGGCUCCCAUCAAGCAAAUCGCCGACAACUGCGGGCUCGACGGCUCGGUGGUUGCCGACGAAGUGCGUCAGAAGAAGGGUAGCCAAGGCUACGAUGCCAACGCCGGUGAGUAUGUCGACAUGCUCAAGGCCGGUAUCAUCGAUCCCUUGAAGGUAGUUCGCAGUGCGUUGAGCAACGCCGCCAGCAUUUCUGGCCUGAUGCUCACCACCGAAGCCUUGGUCACCAACAUUGGUGACGACAAGGAUAGCCACAAGGUCGAAGGUAGCGUUCGCUAG